GCGCCUGUCGUUUUAAGAGGCCGGAUCCGGGCGGCGGAGACACGCGGAGCUUUGCAGCAGCGAUUGGUUGGCGUGGCAGGAAGGGGAAGGAGAGGCGCUUUCACGCUGGUUUGUUGUCUCCAGGCGCAGGGUUUGCUCGUUGCCACAAUGGCCCAGAGGGCCUUCCCGAAUCCUUUUGCAGACUAUGACAAAUCCUUGGCCACGGGAUACUUUGACUCUGCAGGGAGGCUGACUCCUGAGUUCACUCAGCACCUGAACAAUAAGAUCAGGGAGCUUCUCCAGCAGAUGGAAAGGGGCCUGAAGUCUGCGGACCCCAGGGAUUGCACUGGCUACACCGGCUGGGCAGGCAUUGCUUUGCUAUACUUACAUCUGUAUAAUGUCUAUGGAGACCCAUCCUUCCUCCAGAUGGCCCAAGAAUAUGUAAAGAGGAGUCUGAGUUGCCUGACAAAGCGAUCCAUCACCUUCUUGUGUGGGGAUGCUGGACCUCUGGCGGUGGCUGCUGUGGUAUUCCACAAGCUACAGAAUGACAAGCAAGCGGAAGAUUGCAUUGCCCGCUUGCUUCAUCUGCCCAAACUUGACCCUCGGGUCCCUGAUGAGAUGCUCUAUGGACGUAUGGGGUACUUGUAUGCUUUGCUAUUUGUGAACAAACAAUUUGGAGAAGAAAAGAUUCCUCAAAACCAUAUUCAACAGGUCUGUGAGGCAGUUGUGGCAUCUGGCGAGAACCUGGCCAAGAGACGGAACUUCACAGCUAAGAGCCCCCUGAUGUAUGAAUGGUACCAGGAAUAUUAUGUAGGAGCUGCUCAUGGCCUAGCAGGGAUCUAUUACUAUCUCAUGCAGCCUGGCCUUGGAGUGAGUCAAGCAAAGCUGCACAAUGUGGUCAAGCCCAGUGUGGAUUACGUCUGCCAGCUGAAGUUCCCGUCGGGCAAUUACCCGCCAUGCAUUGAAGAUAAGAGAGACCUGUUGGUCCAUUGGUGCCACGGUGCUCCUGGCGUUAUCUACAUGCUCCUUCAGGCCUAUAAGGUGUUCGGCGAACAGAAGUACCUCAGCGAUGCCUUGCAGUGUGCUGAAGUGAUUUGGCAGUGGGGGUUGCUUAAGAAAGGUUACGGGCUGUGUCACGGUACAGCUGGCAAUGCAUAUGCGUUCCUGACUCUCUACAACCUCACUCAAGACAUGAAAUAUCUCUACAGAGCCUGCAAGUUUGCAGAAUGGUGUUUGAGUUACGGGCAGCAUGGCUGUCGGACACCAGACACUCCAUUUUCUCUCUUUGAAGGAAUGGCUGGAACAAUCUAUUUCCUUGCUGACCUGCUGGUACCAGCCAAGGCCAAGUUCCCAGCUUUUGAACUGUGAAUUCCAUCCCAGCAUGAAGCUUGUUGCACUUCACAUCUUUGGAAAAGGCAGAUUAAAUGGAUUUCAUCUCAUAUCUUGGCUAACAUGGGAAAAUCUUUGGGGUUUAUCAGUAUUUUACAUUCUUUUCAGUGUCCGAUCUGCUUUUAAAAGUUACUAGCCAUUUUAUUAUGUGCAUUCUUUAGGUUUACAGGUAAGGAACAGGCUUUUAAAGCUGGCAAAUGCACUAUAUUUUGUUGGAGUAUUUUUUUUAUAUAAAAAAAACCUUGCUAUUUUAUGUAUCUUAUUUUGAGGAAGGGAGGCUUUUCCUAUUACGAAUAUAUCUUUCUCAGUUUUAAUGAUAAGGGUGCAACUUGGUUAAUGUUUUGGAAAGAUAGAAGGGAUAAAAUAUAUGGAGCCCA